UGCUCCUGGUGAUGACCCCAUCGCCACAAUCCUCAGCUUACAAAAAGGGCUCGACUGCACCAAGGCCAUUCCUCGUUCGGGACCCUUCUUUUUUCCUCCUCCUCACCUCUCGCUAUCCCGACAAGGUCUCUCAAUCACUUUUGUUCCCUUCUUUACCAGAAAGACCACCCCCAAAACAAAAGUCGUUGCUACUACUCUCUCCCCCACCACGACGACAGAAAGCAUCUACACAAUGGUCUCCUUCACCACCUUCCUCGUCGCCGCCACGGCCGCCCUCGUCGCGGCCAACCCGGUCCCUCCUUCAAUGGACGAGAUGCGGGAGAUGUACAUGAAGUCGCGUGACCUCGAGGCCCGCAGCGGAACGCCCAGCGCCACCGGCACGCACGACGGCUUCUACUUCUCCUGGUGGACCGACAACGGUGCCCAGGCCACGUACACCAACAACGCUGGAGGAUCCUACAGCGUCCAGUGGUCCGGUAACGGCAACCUCGUCGGUGGCAAGGGGUGGAACCCGGGGAGUGCUCGAAACGUCACCUACACUGCCGACUACCGCCCCAACGGCAACUCGUACCUGUCCGUGUACGGCUGGACGCGCAACCCGCUCGUCGAGUACUACGUGGUGGAGAACUUUGGCACGUACGACCCUUCGUCGCAGGCCUCGCGCAAGGGCACCAUCAACGUCGACGGCGCGACGUACCAGGUAGCCCAGUCGACCCGCACCAACCAGCCGUCCAUCGACGGCACCCGCACCUUUCAGCAGUACUGGUCCGUCCGCCAGCAGAAGCGGAGCUCGGGCACCGUCGACAUGAAGAAGCACUUUGACGCCUGGGCCUCGAUGGGCAUGAAGCUCGGCACCCACGACUACCAGAUCCUCGCCACCGAGGGUUACUUUAGCAGCGGCUCGUCGACCGUCACCAUUCAGCGGUGAACAAGAAAAAAAAUGGAGGUUUGUUGGUUUUGGCCGCAAAAAGGGUGGGGGGGUUGGCGGGGAUGUCUGUUAUGGGCAACAAAACUCGCAUUCUUGUCAUUCUUUUAGUCAGUUUUAUACAUGAUGACAUUUUCUAUAGCCAUGCCCAGUUUUAACGAAGCAAAUUGGUAUUCUUGCACACACUUAAAGUGAUUGAAGAAUAAUCUUUAGGCGAACUCCUGUGCUGCAACGGACUGUGGAUGUAUUAGCUUGAGACUGAUCACUGUAUGCUUGAAUGAGUUAUGCUUAAACUUG